AUAGCAUCCAAUUUGAAUCGAGAGAAGCGCAAAACUCAAUUUCCUAAGAAACUAUGGCUCGACAAGGAAAGUAUUGUUAAGGAAAGUACCGAAAUUAAGAAACCUAAUAAGAAAUUAGUCCAAAAUAAUUAUAUAUAUCGACUUAGGGUCCCUAUUAUUCUAACUAAAAAUAUCAAUAGCUUAUUAACUAUCAAAGUGGAAUCACCGUGUAGCAUUCAAAACACCCACACUUUUAGACAAGUUCAAUCUAUCAUACACCAAAACUUGACAGUAAAUAUAGGGGAGUGUUUAAUAAAGAGAAGGUCUCGCGAUAGUAUCAAAGAAGAUAUCGAGGCUAUUAGGUCUAUUAUGACUUUACUAAGUGACCGACUAACUUAUUUAGGCGACCCUAAGCAAGGCCUAGCAGAGGAUCUACUAAAGGUUAGUAUUAUUUAA